UCAUCUUUUUUGCGCUUAAAAAAAUCACGAGAAAUGCGUAAAAUAUCAAAAUCAACAUUGACAUUGAAGAACACUUUCCAAAACAUUUGAGCAGAACUAGAACAAAAUGUUUGGAUUGCUGAUACCAGGACGUCUGGUGCAAGCUGAAGUACAACAGAUAAAUGAAACACAUUUUGUAUUUAAUGUAGAAGAUGCUGACAGCAUUAAUCACAUAGCUGUUUUUCUGACAGGACAAACUCCUUUUCCUGAUGGAUAUGGGGGAGCAGUUUAUUUCUCCUUCCCUAAUCCUACAGGCCAGCAGUGGAUAUUACUGGGUGUCAUAGCUAACCAAAAACCAAGUGCCAUCUUUAAAGUCACAAACCUCAAAUCAGCUACUGAUAGUACAAAUCCUUUUGGCCAAUGUAUUCCACACAUGUCUCACAUGGCACAGAUAGGUAUCUCUAUAGAAACUCUGGAGGAACUUUCUCAGCAGACACCAUCACCACAAGCUGCAGUCUCCACAGCCGAAACUUUUGUUGAUUAUUCAAGAAAGAUGUUAGAGAACUUUUUCAACUUUGCUACUUCAUUUACACAAACUCAAGCACAAAUGUCACCAAACCCCACAGAAACAUAUGUUCCAUUAAGUACAGUGCAGACUUGGUAUGAGAACUUUGAACGAAGAUUGCAACAGAAUCCUUUCUUCUGGAGGUCAUAAUACAAAUGUACAUAUUCCUUUCAUUCAUUUUUGUUAACAAAAAUUCUUGAUACUAAUUUACAUAUGUAUUUUCUCAGGACACAUGAAAUAACAGUGAAUGUAUUUGAAUUUGCAUUUACAAUUUCUGUGAAUAAAAUAGAACUGACUUAUAAUAAGAAGCAAGGGU